AGAUUCCGUUUAGAGAGCGCCUUUCGCGUCGGGAGGACGUCCCGAGGCGCUCGUCAAGACAAUAAUGGGAAAUGCUGGGAGUAUGGAUUCCCAGCACACGGACCUCAGAGCGCACACUAUGCCCCUGAAGCUGCCCAUGCCUGAGCCAGGCGAACUGGAGGAGAGGUUCGUGAUAGUAUUGAAUUCUAUGAACCUUCCUCCUGAUAAAGCAAGAUUGUUACGUCAGUAUGACAAUGAGAAGAAGUGGGAGCUCGUCUGUGACCAGGAAAGGUUUCAAGUGAAGAACCCACCACAUACAUACAUUCAGAAGCUGCAAGGUUACCUUGAUCCAGCUGUAACGAGAAAGAAAUUCAGAAGAAGAGUGCAAGAAUCAACUCAAGUACUGAGAGAACUGGAGAUAUCGCUUAGAACAAAUUAUAUUGGCUGGGUGAGGGAGUUUUUGAAUGAAGGGAACAAAGGGCUCGACAUAUUGGUGGAUUACCUUUCAUUUGCACAGUAUGCAGUGACGUUUGAUUAUGAGAGUGUGGAGAAUAACGUGGAGAAUGCACUGGACAAGUCUAAACCCUGGAGCAGGUCCAUUGAGGAUUUACAUCGAGGCAGUAAUCUGCCAUCACCGGUUGGCAACAGCUUGUCACGGUCGGCCAGGCACUCAACCAUACGAUUUAACACUUUGCCAAGCAGAAGGACACUAAAGAAUUCUAGAUUAGUGAGUAAAAAGGAUGACGUUCAUGUCUGCAUCAUGUGUUUACGAGCGAUCAUGAACUACCAGUAUGGAUUUAACAUGGUUAUGUCACACCCCCAUGCGGUUAAUGAAAUUGCAUUGAGUCUAAACAACCGAAAUCCCAGGACAAAGGCCCUGGUCCUGGAACUGCUAGCAGCUGUUUGUCUUGUCAGAGGAGGCCAUGAAAUAAUUUUAUUAGCCUUUGAUAAUUUCAAGGAGGUGUGCGGAGAGAAGCAACGAUUUGAAAAACUGAUGGAACAUUUCCGAAAUGAAGACAAUAACAUAGAUUUCAUGGUGGCCUGUAUGCAGUUUAUUAACAUUGUGGUCCAUUCUGUAGAGGACAUGAAUUUCCGAGUGCAUCUGCAAUACGAGUUCACCAAAUUGGGACUGGACGAAUACCUGGAUAAACUGAAAAACACAGAGAGUGACAAACUGCAGGUGCAGAUUCAGGCCUACUUAGACAAUGUGUUUGAUGUGGGAGGUUUACUGGAAGACGCUGAGACCAAGAAUGCUGCACUGGAGCGGGUCGAGGAACUGGAAGAGAACAUCUCACACUUGACAGAAAAAUUGCAAGAUACUGAAAACGAAGCAAUGUCUAAAAUCGUGGAACUGGAAAAGCAACUCAUGCAAAAGAACAAAGACUUGGAUGUUAUCAGAGAAGUUUACAAAGACACAAGCACCCAGGUUCACACGCUGCGCAAAAUGGUCAAAGAGAAGGAGGAGGCACUGCAGAGGCACACCCACCUGGAGAAAAAAAUUCACGAGCUGGAGAAGCAAGGUUCCAUCAAAAUUCAGAAGAAAGGAGACGGGGACAUUUCUAUCCUCCCUGUGGUGGGGGCUGCGGUGGUGUCUCCGGGCACGCAGCAGUUACUGAGCGCUUCUCCGGGAACAUUACUGGAAGUCGCGGGAGUGUCAACAUCAGGCCUUCCUCCCCCACCUCCCCCUCUGGCCGGUGCAGUGCCAAAUGGACCGGUUUCAGCAUCACCACAGGCUCCGCCUCCUCCCCCUCCCCCUCCAAUCGCAGCUGCGGACGUUCCUCCUGCCCCCCCACCCCCUCCCCCACCACCCCCAGUCGCUCCGCCAUUGCCUGGCAGCAUCCUCCCUACGGUCAUCUAUAACCCCGGCUUAGCAGCGGUAAAGAUCAAGAAGCCUAUCAAGACAAAAUUCCGUAUGCCAGUCUUCAACUGGGUGGCUUUGAAACCCAACCAGAUCAAUGGGACCGUCUUCAAUGACAUUGAUGAUGAAGGCAUCUUAGAGGAAUUAAAUGUGGAUGAGUUUGAAGAAAUGUUCAAGACUAAAGCCCAAGGUCCAGCUGUUGACAUUAGUUCUAGUCGUCAGAAAGUGAUCCAAAAAGGAUCAAACAAAGUCACAUUGUUGGAACCCAACAGAGCCAAGAAUCUAGCCAUCACAUUGCGAAAGGCAGGAAAGACUUCAGAAGAAAUAUGCAAGGCCAUCCAAACGUUUGACCUGAAAACGUUACCCGUGGACUUUGUCGAGUGUUUGAUGAGAUUUCUGCCAACGGAAAAUGAAGUGAAGAUCCUGAAACAGUAUGAAAGAGACAGAAAGCCACUGGAGAACCUGACAGAUGAAGACCGGUUCAUGCUGCAGUUCUGUAAGGUUGAAAGACUAAUGCAGAGGAUGACCAUCAUGGCAUUCAUUGGGAACUUCACGGAGAGCGUUCAGAUGUUAACCCCACAACUCCACGCCAUAAUAGCGGCAUCCGUAUCAAUAAAAUCAUCUCAAAAACUAAAGAAAAUACUAGAGGUAAUCCUAGCCCUCGGCAACUACAUGAACAGCAGUAAGAGAGGAGCUGUGUAUGGUUUCAAGUUACAGAGUUUAGAUCUGCUUUUAGAUACUAAGUCAACUGAUCGCAAGCAAACCUUGUUACAUUACAUCGCAAAUGUCAUCAAAGAAAAGUAUCUCGAAGUCGCCUUAUUCUACAAUGAGCUCCACUAUGUGGAGAAAGCAGCAGCUGUGUCUCUGGAUAAUGUCCUACUGGAUGUCAAAGAGUUACAAAGAGGCAUGGAUCUGACAAAGCGGGAACAUGCCAUGCAUGAGCACAAUGUUAUAUUAAAAGAGUUUAUUAAUGCUCAUGAAGGAAAAUUGAAAAAACUACAGGACGAUGCAAAAAUAUCACAGGAUGCCUUUGAUGAGGUGGUUAAAUAUUUCGGGGAGAAUGUCAAGACAGCCCCUCCAUCGGUGUUUUUCCCUGUGAUUGUACGAUUUGUGAAGUCGUACAAGCAAGCAGAACAGGACAAUGAGAUGCGUAAGAAGCAGGAGCAAGCAAUGAUGGAAAAACUCCUUGAACAAGAAGCCAUGAUGGAUCAGGGGGACAAGAAGUCCCCGUCUCAUAAAACCAAGAGACAACAGCAGGAGUUGAUUGCGGAACUGAGGAGGAAACAAGUCAGAGAGCACAGGCAGAUGUACGAGGGGAAGGAUGGUGCCAUUGAAGAUAUUAUUACAGAUCUUAGGAACCAACCGUACAGGCGAGCAGAUGCGGUGAGAAGAAGUGUGAGACGGCGUUUUGAUGAUCAAAACUUGCGCUCAGUGAAUAGCACUGAACUGACAAUGUGAUGGAAAAGGAAAGUGUUGAGAGUACGAGUGUGUGUUUGAAUGAUGUGUCUGCGUGAAGCGUGUGUUUGCUACCACGUAACCACCAGCUUAUGCAGAGUGGAAAGCUGUAGGAUGUGAAGGCAAGAGGAGGAAGUACGGGCAAUCUGGGCAGCUGCAUAUCUAUUCAAAACUGAACUAACAAGUGCCUCAAUGUACAACUUUCUCUUAAUCGACAGUAAAAAAUACUGCUGCUUGGUGUAACUCUGGUAAUAUAACACCUGAUCAGUUUUGUUAUAAUGAAUGAAUUUUAACAAGGUUGUAAACUAAAAUUUCAAUAUAUCUUUAUAAAAUUCUAAACUUUUUACAUUUAUGGACAUGAAAUGUGGUAUUGUGAAGUCAAGUCAAAUAAAACUGGUUCAGAGUUGCCUGCAGGUUAGUAUAGAUGAGGACUAGUCUGCCAUGGACCAAUAUAUGUAGUUAAUGCUGUUCAGCUCAAGACUACAGAUUGUGCUGGCACUGCACAUAAAUUGUUUGCGUUGGCACUGUCCUGCUAAGGUACACACCACAUGGGUAUUAGUUUUUCAAAAGAAUUGUGUGGGAUUGAUGAUUUGAAUAGAAGUAAUGCUCGAUUCACAGAACAUACGACCAAAUUCCUAGAUUCAACAGAUACAAUGAUAUCAUGUUUAUGUCUGUCACGUUAAAAAGGAAUGGAAUAAGCAGAACUGUGAGUGUAUUGUGAGGACAAAAAAAAAGGAAGAAAACGUUACAAAAAUACAGACAGUGGGAGGGCGGGGGGGGUAAUCCUACAGAUAUGACCGAGUACUAAGGUAUUAACCCCUCCUUACUAAACAGUAUUAUUAAGGGUCUAAAGACCAAAAUAGACAAACGUUAUUGAACACAAGGCGUUAAACUGUAUAUUAAGUUUUUAACAACUUUCCAAGGUUGAAGUAGAAAUGGAAUUCAUGUAUUUCUCUGCAAAAUGUGCCCUGUUGGCUUAUAUUUUAAUCUCUUUGGUUGCAUUGCCUCGCCACAUUGAUUGUAAAGUUUAUUGUAUAGUAUUUAACCACUUCUGUUUCCUGUUUGCAUUUGGCUCACGUGACCCACUUGUGACUGGUGUUUUUUUUUUUGGACAAUGUGUAGUUAUAUUUAGAUAAAGCUGUUCUAAAUGUACAGAUAUUUUGCUAAGAAAUCAGUGCAGUUUUUAUGGUUUUUUACAGUUCUUGAUUCACUCUAUAGCCUCUGGGUAAUAUUGUACAUAUUGUUUAAAAAAAAUUGCAACAGCCUGUGCUAUACAAUUUGAAUGUUAUUUUAACUUAUAGUUUUGUUUUUAUAUUUAACUAAAAUGACAGUGACCAAGGUUUGGCUCAACAUUACCAAAUUAAUUCCCGCUUACUACCAUUUCACAGCAAACCUAGUCUUAAAAUCAUUUGCUUUAUAUCAUUUGUACACAUAAGUGUGUAUGUGUUGAAGAGAACAUGCCAAGAUUAGGUCCUUUGUCCACUGGCAAGUAAACUGGGAUAUUUAUAACAAAGUGCACACUGUGAUUCAACAAAUUUUAGCAAUAUUCCAGGGCCAAAAUGACCAUAAAUUAUAAAUAUUUAAUCAAUGUAGAAAUGAAUUAAAAAAUCACAAAUUAUCAAAUCAAUCAUGUCCUUUGACCAAUGACUAAUGUUGGCAUGUUCUGCUCACAUACCUUAGUUAAUUCAUGCUUGUCGGAAAUAUUAGAACUGUUUUAUAAAAGGCAACUAUUAAAUUAGAAUUCAGGUUUGUUAACGGCAUAUGGUCAAAUAAACCCUUUACACUACUA